AUGUCUAAAUUUUUCCCUUGUUAUCACACUACAAAACCCAUAGCCAACAAAACUGUUUCCUCCAGAAACGCUGAAGAUUCAGUCCAAAGAGAGGCUUUUCAACUAAAUUAUAUUACUGACAGUUUCAGACCCUUUCGUUCUUGUCCAACUUUAGACAAAUCUUAUUUAGGUUGGUUGACGAAAGUUGAGAAAAAGAAAGCUCCAUUUUGGAAAGAAUUGGGCAUUUUUGACUUGAUUCAGAUGUCGAAGCUAGGGUUUAGCUACUGCCAACCUUUGUUAUUAUCUAGCUUGUAUUUCUUGGAUAGUACAUAUAACACCUUUCAUCUCCCUUGUGGAAUGAUAACUCCUACGCUUUUCGACGUAGCUGCCAUUUCUGGACUUCCUCCGACAGGAGAAACCUUCGACCCUUAUCAAGACUGCGAAUACUUAAUUGACUUUAACGUCAAGAAUGCUUCGUUCAACACUUAUAUUAAUUUAUAUCAUGCUGACGGGGAAGAAGUUUCUGACAUAGAACAUAUAGCAUUCUUGGGUCUGUGGUUAUCCAAGUUUUUCUUCUGCUGUAAAUCUCUGCAAGUUGCAAAGAGAUUUCUAACACUUGCCAAUCAAUUGCACGCUGGUCGAAAGGUGUGUUUAAGUCAGCUUCUAUUGGCUAGUUUGUAUGAAAGUCUUGGGUCUGCUAGUGCCAAGUUAAAGGAGUAUAAAGCUGGUACAAACUUAUUACUAUCUGGGCCUUAUUGGCUUCUUCAAUUGUGGCUCAGUGCCACCUUCAAAUCCUUUUUGCCAACACAUGGAAAUGUUGAUGAAAACGCCCCAGAGAUAGUAAAUCGAAGCAUCGAAGGUACCAGACUCCUGCAGUUGACUCCAGUUGAUGAUGUUGACAAUCUGCAAACUUCCCUCACCAAGUAUACCCUGAUGUUCUCGAAGCGCCACCAUUUCUCUCCUUCGAUGGCUCCUUUUGCCAGUCGGACCCAUGGUCCUUCCUGGUUCACUACUUCGCUCGAAGAUGCUGUUAGGGACGCCAAUACAGAGAUCGAAGAUAUAUGGCGUGCAUUUAUUUUCCCAAGGCUGCUUGUUUCAAGGAUAUUGCCAGUAAAGAGCCAUGUUUGCUUGUUGGCUUACCAACCUAAUUUUGUCUCUCGAUAA